AUAAGCCACGAGUACAUCUUCCAUACUUUGCCAAUUGACCAGUAUGUCGACGCUUUCAACAAGUACCUAAUAGGAGAUUCAGACAUCUCAGUAGUGAUGGAGGUCAACGGCGAUACCCACAUCCUCCGUGCCAAGCUCGGCGACAUCCUGAAGGACAUUCUUGGCCGGCAACCGCGGAAAUACGAACUGGACUGCUGGUUCACGCACCUUGACUUCGAUCGUGCUGGAGUCCUUGGGAUUGAGGAGUACUUGAAGGGUGUGCAGCGCUUGAUGGCUUUCAGCGAGGGGACCAGCGUCCCGACCACCUUCACAUCGUAUGACACACAACGAGUUGAAUGGAUUCACCAUUCCCGCGUGGGUUAUGAGCCGCAGCAAACCCUAAGAGCGCCGCUGACAACAUCGCAGGAGGAUGCAGAGCCGUCAGCGUGUUUGGACGAUGGCCGCGAAGCAAAGGAAGAGGAACGCGACGCCCUUGGGGUGGCAAAGGCCCUACUCAGGCGCAAAAUUAGUGACUGA